CUGGAUUCGAAUCGGCCACAAAGCCCCACGCGGUUUGCAUUCCAAGCCCUGCACAAAGCCACAUCGGGGCCAUGCUCAAGCUAGCAAAGCUCCUCCAUCACAAGGGCUUCCACAUAUCCUUCGUCAACACCGAGUUCAACCACCGACGGCUCGCCCGAGCCCAAGGCCUCGACUUCGCCAGCGGAACGCCGAGGAGCUUUGAUUUCCUGACAAUCCCCGAUGGUCUUCCUCCUUCGGAUGCAGAUGCGAUGCAGGACAUCUCGAUGAUCUGCGACUCCACAAGAAACUAUAUGGCCAGCCCCUUAAGCGAUCUCGUAUCAAGCCUGGCCUCGAACCCAAGUGUUCCUCCCGUGACUUGCAUCGUCUUGGACGGUUUCAUGACGUUCGCGACGAGUCCCGCGGCUUCGAAAUAUGGGAUUCCGCUCAUCCACUUGUUCACUAUAGCGGGUUGUGCCCUCAUGGCGGUGAAACAAUUGCGAGCCCUGGGAGAAAACGGUCUUGCAGCACUCACAGAUGAAUCCCAAUUGAUGAACGGUUAUGGGAACACCCCCAUCGACUGGAUCCCAGGAAUGAAGAACAUGAGGCUGCGCGACAUUCCUCACUUCUUCCGAAUCAUUGGCUCCAAUGACACCUUAUUCAACUUCAGCGCUGACACUGGCAACAAGACCAUUGAUGCCACAGUGACCAUUGUCCACACCUUCGAGGCACUUGAGCCGGAUGUGCUACACGCGCUCUCCUCAAUGAUCCCAAGGGUUUAUGCGGUUGGACCACUCCACUUAAUUAUUGAUCAAAUCACUCAAGAAAAAUCGUUCGCUUGAAAGCACAUUGAGUGCAAUUUGUUGGAAGAGCACAAUGAGUGCCUUUGCUGGUUGGACUCGAAGGAGCCCAAGUCUGUGAUCUAUGUGAACUUUGGGAGUAUAGCGUUCAUGACGCACCAACAAUUGGUUGAAUUCGCGAUUGGACUAGCUAAUAGCAAUCAGUGUUUCUUGUGGGUCUUGAGGCCUAACGCAGUGAAUGAAGACACAACGAUUCUUCCUAAAGAGUUUGUUGAGGAAACAAGGGAGAGAGGCUUUUUAUCUGGGUGGUGCCCACAAGAGAGAGUGCUGUGCCACCCUUCAAUCGGAGGGUUCUUGACUCAUUAUGGAUGGAACUCGACCAUCGAGAGCUUGUCAGCCGGAGUUCCGAUGCUGUGCUGGCCGUGCUUCGGAGACCAAACAACGAAUUGCAAGUAUAUAUGUGAUGAUUGGGGGGUUGGGUUGGAGAUGGAUGGUAAUGUGAAGAGAGAUAAAGUGGAGAGGCUUGUCAGGGAGUUGAUGGAAGGAGAAGUGGGGAAGAAAAUGAGACGCAAGGCCAUGGAGUGGAAGAAGAUGGCAGAAGAAGCAGUCGGCGAAAAAGGGUCAUCUUCCAUGAAUUUGGAGAAGUUGCUAGACGAGGUUUUGUCUAAAUAGUGUAAUAUGAUGUUUUUCUUUAUGCGCUAUGUUUUCCUCAAUAGAAAACUUUCUAUGAUAAUGGCUCAUGUAUAAAUUUAAGUGGAAAUAAAUGUGAAUGAUAUUCAUAUUUAUAAUACCAAUUUGAAAAGAAAGAAAUAUAAUCAUUCUCUUAAAUUGGCAGA